GUAGAAUUCCCAGCCGUUUCCUGCGCGAGAGCAGCGCUCGCGCAUCACUUCGGUGAAAGAUGUAAAGAUGGCGGAGCUGCAGAUGCUGUUGGAAGAGGAGAUUCCGGCAGGUCGGAGAGCGCUGCUGGACAGUUUCACCAACCUCGAGCGAGUCGCGGAUUACUGCGAAAACAACUACAUCCAGUCGGCAGAUAAGCACAGAGCCCUAGAGGAAACCAAAAACUACACCACUCAGUCCCUGGCCAGUGUAGCCUACCUGAUCAACACCUUGGCCAACAAUGUCCUUCAGAUGCUCGACAUCCAGGCGUCCCAGCUACGCCGCAUGGAGUCCUCCAUCAACCACAUCUCACAGACAGUGGACAUCCACAAGGAGAAGGUGGCCAGGCGGGAGAUUGGCAUCCUGACCACCAAUAAGAACACCUCCCGCACACACAAGAUCAUUGCCCCAGCCAAUCCUGAGAGGCCCGUGCGUUACAUUCGCAAGCCCAUUGACUACAACGUGCUGGACGACAUCGGACAUGGGGUGAAGUGGUUGCUUAGGUUUAAGGUCAGCACCCAGAACAUGAAGAUGGGCGGUCUCCCUCGCACUACCCCGCCCACCCAGAAGCCACCGAGUCCACCCGUAACAGGAAAGGGAACCAUUGGGCGGCACUCCCCCUAUAGGACGCUCGAGCCGGUGCGUCCCCCUGUGGUCCCUAACGACUAUGUCCCCAGCCCGACGCGCAACAUGGGGCCGGCACAGCAGAGCCCUGUGCGCACUGCAUCAGUUAACCAGAGGAAUCGCACCUACAGCAGCGGGAGCAGCGGGGGGAGCCACCCCAGCAGCCGCAGCAGCAGCCGGGAGAACAGCGGGAGCGGCAGCGUGGGCGUGCCCAUCGCAGUGCCCACCCCCUCCCCGCCCAGCGCCUUCCCAGCCACCGGGGCUGCAGGUACCCCUCCUGCUCCACCCACUUCUGCUCCGCCUCCCUCCUCCUCCUCCUCUUCCUCCUCCUCUACCGCUGCCUCCGCCCCAACCACUGCCCCACCUCCAGCCCCCGACCCCACCCCGCCCCCCCCCACUGAGGCCAAACAGGCUCCAGCCGAGGCCCCCCCUUCCUCUCAGCCCCCCCCUCCUGCUACUGCUGCUGCUGUCACCUCUACCGCUACCACCUCCCCUGCACCAGGCAACACUCCUCAGUUCUACAGCAUGAACCGGCCUGGGUCCCGACACAACAACCCCACCGUGGGGGGGUCUCUGCCGUACCGCCGCCCCCCCUCAGUGACCGGCCAGCCCAACCUGCCCCAGAGCCAGGUCAAUGGAGGACCCUACUACAACCAGAGCCAAGGCUCGCUCGCCCCCCCUCCCCCCUCCAUUCUGCAGAUCACUCCCCAGCUUCCUCUGAUGGGCUUCGUGGCUCGCGUUCAGGAGACCAUCUCAGAUACACCCCCUCCCCCACCGCCUGCAGAGGAGCCGGUGUUCGAGGAGUCUCCCCCACCGCCCCCGCCUCCUGAGGACUACGAGGAGGAGGAGUCGGCCGUGGUGGAGUACAGUGACCCCUACGCCGAGGAGGACCCCCCGUGGGCCCCGCGCACGUACCUGGAGAAAGUGGUGGCCAUCUACGACUACACAAGAGACAAGGAGGACGAGCUGUCCUUCCAGGAGGGCGCCAUCAUCUACGUGAUCAAGAAGAACGACGACGGCUGGUACGAGGGCGUGAUGAGCGGCACCACCGGGCUCUUCCCUGGAAACUACGUGGAGUCCAUCAUGCACUACGCCGAAUGAGGCCCAGGGGGCGCCCUCGCCCUCCCCUGCCUCCACACACCUGCUAUACAUAGAUAUAUAUAAACACAUUGA